GAUUUUGUAUGUUUUGAUUUUUUAUUAUCGUGGGUUUGGAAAUUAAUAAGUGAACGAUUUUUGCUCAGUCAGCUAUCGAAUUGUUUAAAAAAAAACUAAAAUAACAAUGGCUGGUACUAUAUUAGAAAAUUUAAGCGGUCGAAAAUUAGCUUAUCUUGUAAGCGGUCUUCUGAUUUGUCAAGUGGUGUGUUUUCUUGUUGGUGGUUUGAUUGCUCCUGCUCCAUCCAAUGUAGAAACUAUCUUAGCUACUAAAUGUCAAAUGGAUCGUCCUAUUGGGAUUGAUGAAUUUGAUGAUGUAUGGCACAUCCCCAGAGGAAAAGGAAAAAGCAGUAUCAAUUGCAAGGUUGUAAAUGACAUCAACCUUGAUAGUCCAGAUGUCAUUAAUGAUCCAAAUAUUACACCUAAUCAUUUGAGCUUUGCAUUUCAAGCCCCACUUCCUAAGGAUGGGAUGAUUCUGGAUUAUUCAAGAUGGAUGGGUACACUUAAUGCUAUCUUGGAACUAGAGAUUUUAUUUAAGAAGGAGAAUCCCAUGGCUAAAAAGCCAGUCAUUACUUUUGAAGUAAAACUUGGCUCAAGAAAUAAAUGGGAUCCUUAUGAUAAAUGGACUCUUAUUGCUAAUUCUACUGAAACUAGGGACCUGAAUUGUGUCAUUGAUGAAGAAAAGAAAAUUGAUGGUUACCAUUAUGAUUGUGAUGUUUUACCUCUUUUUGAGCUGGGAAGUGUUCACUAUGACUACUACCUUAUUAAUAUAAGAGUCCCAAUAGACUUCACUGGCAAGACUCCAUUGAAUGAAGGGAUUGGUCACAUUGAUGGCAUGUGGCUUGUGCUUAUUCAUCAGAAUGGUGGUUUUACUAAAGUGUGGGUGUCUUUGAAAACUAUUUUCUUUCCUGUGGUUUUGCUGACACUGAUCUGGUACUGGAAGCGUAUUAAUUUGCUAUGCAGAGCUCCUAUUUUAGUUGAAAAAAUGCUACUUGGUCUUGGAAUAGCUUUGAGUGUCUUGAAUUGCCCUCUUGAAUAUUUAACCUUAUGGAUCGACAUGCCUUUCAUGAUAUUGUUGAGUGACAUCCGGCAAGGCAUUUUCUAUGCAUCUUUGCUCAGCUUUUGGUUAAUUUUCUGUGGAGAGCACCUUAUGGAUGAAGUAGAACGUAACAGGCUGCGUAGUUAUUGGCAUUAUCUCACAACUGUUGCAUUGGGGUGUUUCUGCUUGUUUAUUUUUGAUAUGUGUGAAAGAGGUGUACAGUUGAAGAACCCAUUCUUCAGUAUUUGGACAUCAACUAUUGGAUCAAAACUCUCGUUGGGUUUUAUAAUACUUGCUGGAAUAUCUGCUUGCACAUAUUUCAUUUUUCUUUGUUAUAUGGUAUUUAAAGUAUUCAGAAACAUAGGUUUCAAAAGAAACACAUUACCAAGUAUGAGUAGUGCCAGAAGAAUGUACUAUGAGGGUAUAAUUUAUCGUUUCAAAUUCUUGAUGAUGGCAACAGUUCUAUGUGCUGCUCUGACUGUAAUUUCAUUUGUCAUUGGUCAGGUGAGUGAAGGACAGUGGAAAUGGGACAAAGAUAUCCAUUUGCAAAUAGAAUACACAUCAGCUUUCUAUACUGGUGUUUAUGGAAUGUGGAAUCUAUAUACUAUAGCAUUGCUGGCAUUGUAUGCACCAUCUCACAAGUAUUAUCCAGCUCAGUCAGAUGCCAUCUCCUCCACUCAAGAAGAAAUCGAAUUUAGUCGCCUCACAACUUCUGAACCAUCACCAUCAGAUCCAACUGAAAUCUCGAGCCUCACUGGCCUGACAAAAAAGGCUGCUUUUGAUUAAUAUAAAAUUUUGAAGAAAGCAAUCAUUACAUGCCAUUAAACUUGUCAGUAUUUACAUGCCAUUUAUUUUUGUCUUCACUGACAAUUUCAGCUCAUUUUUCUUGUUGCAUAUGAUUUUUAUAUAGUGGAACUAUUGGAGGAGUAUUCUAAAAUUCUACCAUUGUUUUUGUAUUUAUUUUCCAGUAUAGUCGUUAGUUUUUAAUUUUUGGUCAGAUGCUCGGAAUACUGGUUUGCUUAUCAUUUUUACUUAUAAAUGUGUUACACAAAAGUAAUGUGUUUUUGUCUAAUAUGUUGAUUAAGAUAUUUGUUUAAAUUUUUUCAGAGGCAUAUUCAAAUAAUUGAUAAUAAUCUAUCUAUUCAGUAAUAUCAAUUAUUAAUCAAUAAUAAUAGUAUGUGAUUAAAAUUAUUCUUGUUAUUCAUAUGGCAAAUAUUUUUAAAUACAGACACUGAUGUAUUGUAUUUUUGUGAUCUUA